UCCCAUCUCUCAGCGAUGGCCAUCAACACGGAUGCCGCCUUUGGGAAAAGCGCCCUCGGCGACAGAGAAGUUUCCAACCCGACCGACUUCCAGGACACGGAGAAGCUGCUGAGCACCGCCAUGGCCGAGCCCACCGGGGAGACCAACCUCAAACCGUCCGACUCCUUCUCCCUGAACGUGAGAGGGAGCGUCCGGUCCCUGGACGCGGAGCAGGACGGCCACAGGUCCCCGCUGAAGUCGGGCUCCGUCGGGCAGCUGUCCGCCCCACCCAGAUCCACCUCCCGGAUCAGCCUGGGCCAGCUGUCCUCCCCGGUGCCGCCCGGGUCCGCGCCCUCCUUCUACCUCUGGCUGGCCGUGUUCUCCUGCUUCUGCCCCGCGCCGCCCUUCAACAUCUUCGCCCUGUGGUACGCACUCGUGUCCAGGUCAGUUCUCCACACAGGAGACAUUGAUGGAGCACGGAAGUACCAGCGUCUAUCAGUGCUGCUCAGCACUCUGUCAAUACCAAUGGGUGUGGCUGUGAUCAUCUUCAUAGUGUAUACUUUAGAGAACCGGCCAUGAACUGUGGGAUGGAAAGAGUCUCCUGCUUCAGAGGAGCUCGGAUUUGCACAGAAGAAAGAGGAGGAGGAGGAUUGUCAUUUUUGGAAGAUGCAAAAAGCACAAAAUCUGGGAUGAAAACCAUCUUGAGAGAAUCCAGAGUCCAACUUAUUUUUCCCCCUUUAUGGACAAACUCAGGAGUCAAAGGAGGAGCAGGGAGUGAAGGUUUUGUGUUGGACUGUAAAUCUGUGGAGGCGAACCUGUCGACUGAAGUAAUGGAGCACAGAUGCACAUUUCUCCUUCCUCUCACAGCCACUAAAAAAACAAACAAAAAUAUAUACUGUAUAAUCGAAAGCUUUAAAAAAA